ACGAACGGAAAUUGAAAAAGCGCGAGAAGGAAGUCGCCGAGAGAGAGACGCCGUCGCCCGCCUGCACGCACCACUGCUGCGGAGUCUAGCCGCUGCCCUCCAGACGCCGCCUCGCCGGAAACUCUCCAGCCUCCUGGUCCAGAAGUCCAGAAAUAUCGAUGAACUCUUACUCUUUUGGGUAGUGGAUCUGCUACCAGUGUUGAUUGCUGUGAAAUUUAGGGUUUUAGUUGUGUGAGUUUCAGCUGAAGGUGAUGGAGGACUGGUUUUCACUUUCCCUGGCUUCAUAUUGUUGUAAUGGUCAUGGAGACUAAGGCUAGGGUUUAUUGGUGGUAGGAUGGAAUUUAUGUAGUUGAUUAUGGUCAUGCUCUUUAAUACUCAGGGUACUUGUUUUUCAAUGCCCUAUUGGGUUUCUUUGUGAUGAUCCUAUCAUUUUUUUGUUCAGACUUCAGAUCUUGCCAAUUCACCUUAGCAUACCAGAGCUUUGGCUGAAGUUACAAGUCUUUCAUUUUCUGGCUGCUGCUUAGGGAAAGAACUAAAAGAUCAAAUGGCAUCAAGGAUGUUCAACGCAGGAGUGACCGAGGGACAAUCAACCACGAGGCCACCUUUGUUCGAUGGAACAAACUACUCGUAUUGGAAGGAGAGGAUGAGAAUCUUUAUCCAAUCCAACGACUACAAGCUGUGGUUGAUUGUGAAGAACGGCUGUGGAGUCCCGAUGAAGAAAGUCGGUGAAGUCAACGUCCCCAAAAUCGAAGAGGAUUUCAACGACGAAGAUUGCAAAAAGAUGGAGCUCAACGCAAAGGCAAUAAACAUGAUUUAUUGCGGUGUUAAUGCGGAUGACUACCGCAAAAUCUCGCGGUGUGAAACCGCAAAACAAACGUGGGAGAAAUUGGAGGUCACCUACGAAGGAACCGCGCAGGUUCGGGAGGCCAAAAUUGACCAUCUUACUCACGAGUACGAACUCUUCUCAAUGAAGGAAAACGAGAAGAUUGAGGAAAUGUUUGAGAGGUUCUCUAACAUCAUUAAUCCUCUCAAUCUUCUCGGGAAGACCUACACCGACCGAGAACUCGUGAGAAAGGUGCUGCGAAGCUUAUCUCCCAAAUGGCGUUCAAAGGUGGACGCAAUCGAAGAAGGUCGUGACUUCCAAACAACGACCUAUGAUGCUCUUCGAGGUAAUAUUAUUACCUACGAAACCACCCAACUCUCAAAGGUGGUUGAAGAGAGGAACAAGAGGUCUAUUGCUCUACCCGCAACAACAUCAACCCACAACAACGUUGAUGAUGAAGAUGAUGACAGCGACGACACCGACCUCGGACUCUUUGUCCGAAAAUUCAAGAAGAUGAUGCUCAAGAAGGGACCCAAGAAAAACACUCCACCCAAGUGCUAUGUGUGUGGUGAAAUUGGGCACAUCAAACCAAUGUGUCCGAAGCUCAAGAAUGAGAAAGACAAGAGGGCACCGAAGAAGCAACGUGCCUAUAUUUCUUGGGAGAACGACGGCUCCGGGAGUGAAGACUCGGAAACGGAGGAAGUGGCCAACUUGUGUCUCAUGGCCAUUGAGGAUGGUGAAACAUCAAAAGAGGGAGACUCGCCAUCUCUCGUUUCCUAUGUUGACGGCAAAAGCAUUGAAAUUGAUAGUGCCGGUUUGACCUCUCUCUUUGGCCUUCGUCGAGGUGAAAUUACCGAAAACUUGGAUGAAACAUUCCAAGAUGAGGCAAUUUGGCGACAACUCGGGUUAGACUCUCGUGACCUCAAGUUUAGAAAUUCUAGCAACCCGAGUGUCAUUAACCUCACUUUGAUUCAACGCGUUCAACAAUACAUCUUCUCCUAUGUUUUGUUGCCCCGUGAUUCGAACCAUGGCAUUGUCAACAAGGAUGAUAUUCGUUUGUUUCACGUCCUGUUGAACAAUGUCAAAUUUGAUUGGGUUCACUUCUUUGUCGUUGCACUUAGUGAUGGUACUCGGUUUUCCCAUCUCCGUUUUGCCAUCCCGAUCAUGCAUAUCCUUGCUCGUACCAAAGUGGAUUUUACUCGGGACACUCAGGUACCGGUGAAGAAGACUUGUUUUAUCACGGAAGCAAAGUUCACCCGGACUGUCUACCGCGAGGUAAAUGAGCAAAAUUUGGAGUUGGUCAUUCCAGACGAAGUGGAGAGAGAGACAGAAGCUGAGUCAUCUCAGGCCGGAGGAAGUCGAACCACGGAACGCGUUACUCGUCAACGCAUGACUCGUCCGAGAGAAGAAGCACCAGAACCUUCUUGGGUGAAGAGAAUCUUUGAUACUCUCACAUGCAUCCGAGACGACGUUCGCCAGCUCAACGAGAGGAUGACUCGUUUCGAGCACUCCCGCUCCUACCGUGGCCCGCGUCACAGCUUCAGCGGAGGAGCUCGUCCGGCGAACUCUCUUUAAUUAUUUUCUCUUCUGUCUUAACUUAUUAUGAUACAUUGCUAUUUGCUAUUGUUGUUAUAACUCUUUUGGUGGAUGAUGAUGUUGCUAAUUAUGCAUUGUUUGUUGGUUUGGCAAUAUGGUUCUCUUUUAGAACAUAUUGUCCCUUUGUGGCAAUUAGAAGUUUUUUUUAAGAAAACUCUUGCAAAAUU